AUGUACAUGCUGGUGAUUAACAACGUAUUAUCGAAUUUCUUUUUUGGGUUGAAGACGGAAGUUGACCAAGCGAGAUCCGCGAUCGUGAAGCAAUUCAGAAGUCGUGUACGACGGCUGACGACUGACAUUGGUAAUAAGGGUUUAUCAAAAUUGACAUACGACAUAAAUGAACGAGAGCUCCGUCUGAUCACUGCAAUGACUGAAGAUCUGCAUCUGAUUCUGCUCGAAUGCCCGAACAUUAACACACCGGCCGACGUCGCACAGCUUAACAUGGCUCCAAUACUGUUUCUGUUCAGAAUCAGAGAUCGUAAGAUCCUGCUAAAACUUUUCAAAAAGACUGGUACUAAGGGUGGAAGGGCAAUCGCUGGUGCUGAUAUUCUGAACCAACUUACUGCUGACCAGGUCGACAUUAUCAUCGAAGAAAACGGUCUGCAAGAGGCUACAAGGAAAAUCUUUAAUUUCUUAGAGGCAUAUUGGCUAGCAUUACAUCCUACGACACCAAUUCUCGAAGACGAAUACCUCGAAGGAACCAAAGAGAAUACGAAAUCUGAAAAAACAUAG